GGGACAAAGGCUUCUUUAUCGGCGCUGGGGAUGCCCUCGCUGAGGUAACCCUGUAUGGCGCCUGCAGCGCUCCACCCGCCGUGCUGUGACAGAACUACGGGUGAAGCCAUCGCCCGCCCCGGAAGGGGAAGCGGCAUCUCCCCUUCCUCCUCCUGUUCCGCGGCGCCGCGGGGCUGCAGGGCUGCGGAGGAAGGUGACCCGGCGGCGCCAUGGGCCUUCACUUCGGGAACCUGGCGCGGGUCCGCCACAUCAUCACCUACAGCCUGUCGCCCUUCGAGCAGCGCGCCUUCCCCAACGUCUUCUCGCACGGGGUGCCCAACGUGUGGCGCCGGUUCAGCGGACAGGUCUUCAAGGUGGUGCCCCCCUUCGCGGCAGCCUAUCUCCUGUAUUCCUGGGGAACCCAAGAGUUUGAGAGGCUGAAGAGGAAGAACCCCGCUGACUAUGAAAACGACCAGUAAUUAAGUUAAUAUGGAUGUUGUUCUCUCGCUGUAUUAUCACUGUGGUGUUGCUGAGCGUCUCCACAUGACCAGAAGGGUAUUAAGGAGAAGAUAAGACUUGUCUAAUAAACUUUGCCCUCUGUGUGAAA